AUGGUGCCAAGCAUGAAGGGAGCCUGCCUCUGCGGAGGUGUUCAGUUUUGUGUUAAAGGCGAACCAGAGGUUGUCUUCAUUUGCUACUGUACUCAUUGCUCCAAAAAUGCCGGGGCCACUGGUCAAAUAUCUGCCAAAUUCAAGAAGGAGCAUGUUGAGCUCAAACAACACCCAGAACUCUUAAAGACUUGGAUCUUAAAAGACAAUCUAAGUGGCAAUGAGAAACACAAAGUUUUCUGCUCCCAGUGUGGUUGUACUCUGUGGACUAUUCCUAUGAAGCAUGGUGGAAGUCAUUUCAUUGUCCGCACGUCUUUGCUCGAAGAUGGUCUGAGUCGUCUUCCAUACAAGGUCGAGUUUUUUGCCUCCAGAAAGGUAGACGUCGCCGCUGAUCACGUAAAAUCAUUCGAGACAAUGCCUGGGCACUAG